ACCCGCUUAUAUUUUGUUUUUUUUCCCGAUUUACCCUGACUCCCCCCUCUUCUCCUUCUGCUAUUCUUCCGCCGCACUCGGCAGCGUGACCACCGCGAGCGAAGCCCUAAACCCUAAACUUGGAACCACGCAUGAUUCUCACUGCAUUGCCAUGGAACUCUCAGAAGAAUGGAAGUCCUUCUUCCCAAUAGCCGCAUCCACCGUAUCCCCUCUUCUUCAAUCCCAUUCCCAUUCUCUCCCUCUCGGACCCCUUCUCUUUAACCCUAACCCUAACCCUCUCUCUCUUCUAUUCUCUUCUCUCCUCCCCUCUCUCCAUCUCCCUCCCCACCUCUUGCCCUCUCGCUUCCUCCUCACCUCUUCCCUUCUCCCCUCCACCGCCUCCUCCAUCGCAUCCCUCUUCUCUCCCCACCAAAACGACGCCGCUCCCCCCUUCCUCCGCAACCGCAUCCACCUCCUCAGUUACCCCCACAGCCCAAACGUCCUCGUUUUCUUCCCCACUGGCCCCAACGACGACAAAAUCGCCUUUUUCCUCCUCACCGUUAAGGACGCGCGUUUGCAUGUCCAGCUUGACGCAAACGGCGACGUUUUUCGCGCUUCUACCGGCUCCGCGCAUCGUAUUUUGAGUAUUUCGGUUAACCCCGUUGCUGAUUUUGGUCUCACGGAUUCUCAUGUCAUUGGGUAUUUGUUGGCUUCUACUCUCUAUUCCGUUCACUGGUUCGCUGUGAGGCACAACUCCGUUUUGGAGAGGCCUAGUGUGUUUUAUUUGGGGGGUAAGAUGUUCAAGACUUGCCCCGUCGCGCAUGCUUGUUGGAGUCCUCACAUAUUGGAAGAGAGUCUCGUGUUGCUGGAGAAUGGCCAGUUGUUUUUGUUUGAUUUGGAGUCUCAUGCCUCGGGUGGUUGUUUCAAGGGGAAUAGGUUGAGGGUACCAUGGAAUGAUUUGGGUUUUUCUGAAAACAACAAGGUGUGGUUGAGCUGUGAGUUUAGUUGGCACCCCAGGAUUUUGGUCGUUGCGCGGUCGGAUGCUGUUUUCUUGGUUGAUUUGAGGGUGAAGGAGUGUAAUGUGAGUUGUCUAAUGAAGAUUGAGACGCUGCGAAUGUAUGCUCCGGAUGAGAAUGAGCGGUUUCUUGCGUUGUCAAGGGCUGGUCCUGAUAGCUUUUACUUUGCUGUGGCUUCUACCAGUCUUUUGCUUCUCUGUGAUGUGAGGAAGCCUUUGGUGCCUGUGUUGCAGUGGAUGCAUGGUAUUGAAGGACCAUGCUUCAUGUCUGUGUUUAGCUUGUCUAUGUUGAGGUCCCACUCUAGGGAAGACGCGUUUAAGUUGGCUUCUGAAUCUGGGUUUUGCAUUAUGUUGGGGUCAUUUUGGAAUUGCGAGUUCAAUAUCUUUUGCUACGGGUCUAUAAAGCCGUUUCGUAAAGGUUCUAUUACUUCGAAGAUUAACUCUGCCAUCUGUGCUUGGGAGCUUCCAUUUGAGAUUAAUUUAUCUGGUCACGAAUGUCAUUGUGGAAGUUGUCUCUUAAGGAAAGAGUUUACUAAGGAUGCUCUUCCGGAGUGGAUUGAUUGGCAGCUAAAGAAAGAGAUUGUUUUGGGAUUUGGGGUUUUAAGCAACGACCUUGCUGCAUUACUGUGUGAACCGGAUGAAAAUGGUGGUUUUACGCUGAUAAGGCUAAUGUCUUCGGGAAGGUUUGAAUUGCAGAGAUACCAUGCCUCUUGGGCGCAGGCUAAAAACUUGGAAGAUUGCCAUGAUCAAGUAUUUUGUUUGGACAGACACUUGCUGCAACAGGCUAGUGAUGAGAAAUACAAAUUUCCGAAAAUUUUUCACUACCUAAAAUUGGAUCACCUUUAUGCAUAUGCACGUGGUAAUCUUACGCGAUUCCUAGCUACAAAACUAAAAAAGAACUAUGUGGACUCUCAGGACAAGGAAUCAUUUUGUGCAGAAGUGCAUGAGUUAUUGUGUGAGAAAUUGAAUGCUUGUGGACUUGGUCAAUCAAGAUCAUGUCCAGCAGUUACUUCUGUUUUUAAUGAUGUCAAGCUACCAGCAAGCUUACACGAGGUUGCUUUGAGAAGAUUGUGGACUGACUUACCUAUGGAACUAUUACAGUUGGCGUUUUUUAGAUUUGCUGAAUGUCAUGAAGUUGUUGGAGACCUGGACCAAAAUAAGGUAGCUUUGGAAUUUUUAGCUGUUCCAAACCUCCCUCAAUUACCUCCAUUCUUUUUAAGGAAAUCAUCACCCCACAGCAAUGAUGACAUUGUGGGUCCAGUUAUUCCUUUUCCUGUUCUGCUCGUGCUUAAUGAAUUUCGCAAUGGGUACUCAAAUUUGGAAGGAGGUGAAUUUUCAGUAGAAACAGAACUUGGCCUCAAGUACAAAGAAAUUAUGCAGGUGGCUGGUGAGAUUGCAGUUUCAGCGUCUGGCCCUACACAUCUUGAUGAUCAUGCAGUCUCCCUUGCUGAGGAUGGAGAGGAGACCUGGCUUGGUUCUUCGAAACCAAAAUCUUUUUUGUUAUACCAUCCAGUUGCAUUAAACUCAUCUGCCACUGACCUUGUUCAUGGGAAGUCUGUUUAUAGUGAUACAAUUUAUGAUACAUUCAUUUUUCAUGUUCCAGAGAAGAAGUCCAAUGAGCAGACUGAAUCUGUUGGACAAGAGAUAUUUGAUGAUCUUUCCCCUGUUGAGUUGAGGUUUGAUGCUCCUGUGAAGAAGCUUGAACCUCAAGGUUUAAAGGCAUACAAUCUAUUGAAGAGACAGAUGUCUAAAUGGCAAGAAAAUUUUGAUUCAUAUAAGGAAUUUUGUGUUCAAUCUAGAUUUGAAAAAAGAAGUUAGCUGGUGAUCUCUCCCUUAGUCAUCCUCUUCCCCGUAGAAGAUAGGUAUGCAAGAAGCAAAUGGGCCUUCCCGUCCUCUACUAUACUGCUCUUGGUUGAUCCUCGGGGACAGAUUUGAACGGUGUAAAUUUUUUGUAAGGAAGCAAAUUUAUGAUAAGCCUUCUCCAAGUAAAAGUGCAGUACUGGAUGGUAAGAUCACAUGAGAUGGCAUUCACUGUGGCUGCUGUAAUAAAAUCGUAACGAUUUCAGACUUUGAAGUUCAUGCAGGAAGCAUACUUGCUUUUUCCCCUUCCCUGAGAUAACAAAUUAACAAUGUCUUCUCAGCUUCGCAAUCCUUUGCUCUGUCCCCUACCAGGGACAAAAAUGAACUGAAAUUGGACUUCAAGAGAUUCUGGGAAACGUUUUUAUCAUCCAGCUCUGAGAAGGUUCUUUUCAUUGCUUAGUUUCUUUGAUGGUUUCAUGCAGAUUCAACAUGCUUCAGAUGUGUCGGUGCUUCAUAGAUCACAGAAACCUGUAUUCUCUUGCCAAUACUGAUGAUGGAGAUGGAGGAGACCUGAUAUGUUGUGAUGGAUGCUCAUCAACAUUCCAUCAAGGCUGCUUGGAUAUUAGAGUCCCUGUGGCUGUGGCAAAUGAUGCAUUGCCAAUACUGAUAUUCCAGGGAUGUCUUCUUUUGUGGAAACAGAUGUCAAGAGCUUUCAAUGCGGAAUCAAAUAGCAAAUAAUUGCGAUGGAACGUGCUCCACUGUAUCUGAUUUGGUCAAAUAUAUAUUGAGGUUCCUCCUUCUAAUGCAUCCCAGAUAAAUAAUGAAAUCAUAUCUAUUGAAUCUGAUUGUCAAUUGUCAUCUUCCUGAGGGUUCAUUGAAUAAUGUGCCUGACAUUGCUAGUAACAGAAUUCUUCAAAAGAUGACACAUGUCAGGUUGUAUGUCAGGCGGUUCAUGAAAAUUUGGUAAUGGAAGGCAACAACAGUAUUUACAAUGCCUGUGAUUAUGUGACUGAUACUUGUUACUUGGGUUCCUUUUGAAGAGAGGAAGUGUCUCACGUCUUGUAUUAGCACUGAGGCUACAGAAGGACUAGGCCUUGCCAAUUAGCAUAUAAGUCCAAGUUUUGAGGUGGGCCUUGCCACAGAGGUGACCCAUUCUGUGUACGCUGGAUUCACAACUUGAAUAUUUAGGAAUUGAGGAGGCAUUAACACAUUUACAAGACCCCCUUCAACUUUGGUGUGAUUUGAUGUGCAUAGAAUGGCAAGGACAUGAUUUUGUAGUUAGGAUAAGGUUGGGUUAUCGGGUUCAAUUUCUGAGUUUUACCAAGUUCCAGAUCGUUCAGCUCUGAUACUAUAAUAGUAAAGAGAGAAUAAAAGUGUUUAUUGUUCUAUAGUGUGGUCAACUUACUUUUAUUCAGGAUGUAUGUAUCUUUAAUGGUGCAACCACGUUUGAUGGACCUAGAAUGUCACACGGAAUUUAAGACUUAAAA